UCAGACAGCUGGCUUUCGAGUUCCGAUCGUCGUGGCCCGCCUGACUGUCGGUCUUUCUACAGACAGCGCUCUUGUCUUCUCUUUCUGGGUGUCCACCUCCCCAUUCCCUGCCGCCGAAUCUGUCUCUUUAGGCGGCGAACCAAAGGUGACGCCACCACCUUUCGGCUUCUUCUGCCUGGGCGUCACAGCUCGUGGGGUGGGCGAAUGGGAGCUAUCGGGUGUGCUCUUCUGUGAUCCAACUCGUUCCUGCUGCUUCGCGGAGGGCGACGAGAGAGCCUUGACCUUCGCCUUGUGCGCGUGGACGACGGUGUUUUUCCUUGUCGCUCCACCUCCUCUCUUGCCUAGAAUGCCUCCGAAAGAAAGGGAAAGGAGAGCUUUCAGCGGAGGCUUGGCCUUGCCCAUGACGAUGGUUCCUCGUGGAGUUGUGGCGCCAGGGGUCCCUCCUGUCGCGGACAGCCGGGCUUCCUUCUGCGUCGGCUUGAUGUAUGCGCAUCUCUUCAGAAUCGCAGCGAGGCGGGAUUUUGUCCGAUGAGCAGCCUGACAGCAGAGACACAACAGAACCAUCCAAGGGACUGGACUCUGUUGUCGAUCAAGCCCUGGCGUACCAGUGGGAGCUUUCUUAGCACAAAUUGCGUCCAUUCAUAUGACGUUUGGGGCGGGGCGGCAGCUUGCAUGUGCAGCUGCUGGCUUACAAUGCUUCCCACUCUGGCCCCUCGGCGCCGGGAUGAGUCGGGCUUCUGAAUAUCGAUGGGCAUGGGCAGAAUCGCCUUGCGGGGCUCUUCCAGCGGAAAGCUCCAGAUGUUGGUGCCCUCCAGCCUUGAGAUGCCGUGGUGGCGACAGGCCAGCUCCUCGCGGCUAAGGUCGAAGAGGUUCUCCCACAAGUGACGCACCGCUGUGUCUGCAAUGGCACAUGUUGACGGUGAUUAUACAAUCUUGGAAUACGUGUGUCGUAAGUCUGCCUACUCUCUUGCUGCAAGGGUGCGAUGGCUCUCUGAAGGUCCCGCUGUACCAUCACGAAGACCUGCUGCUCCGUUUGGGUGGCCUGGCGCUCUAGCUUGAAGCUCGCCUGCCCUGCGCGAGACGGGGUGGCGGCAGUGGGGCUCAUCCCGAUCACCUGACGGCAAAGAGAACAUCCAGUGGGUGAGUUGCCUCUGCCGGCCGUGUGGUGUGCGUUAAGUGGCCUACCGAGGCCCUGCGCGCCCUCGACCUGGCCGAUUUGGCCUUGGCGGCCUUUGGGCUCGCUGUGAAAAUGUCGCCGACUUUCUUGGCCGCGACGACCGAUGGAGCCUCGCUCUUCUUUGAUCUUGCAACGGUGGACGCGUCAGCCUCGGAUGAGCCCUCUGAGCUUUCCUCCUCAACACGCAUCGACACCUCUUUUAUCAUGUACUGGGAAAAAGGAAAAAAAUCGCGUUGUCUCGCAAGUUGGCGUGUCCAUCUCAUAUGGUGUGCUUUUACGUUUUGGAGUCGUUCCCAUCUCUCUUGCGGGAAGUUGAGUGUAUCGCUGCGUAUCUUGCCGAGGAGGGACGAAAAGUACUCAGUCUCGGGUAGGAACAGCUGGCGGUACAAGCUGCGUGCAUAUCACACACACAUCAGUUAUAUAUGGUCGUCGCACAUGGGGCGGAGGGGCAAGGCUGGGCCACCUUUCUUCCUGGUUGAGGUCUUGCAAGAGGAUCAGCAUGGGCAGCAGAGAGUACAGCACCUGGUCGUGUGGAUCGCUGGAAGAGAUUCGACACACACACGGCGUCUGAAACCAAGCUCCCGUGUGUAUACGGGAGAAGACGUACUCUCUCUCCACGAGUAUACGCAGGCUCGGUGGCAUGGUGGUUUCGAAGUAGUGGAUGAGGAUGUUGACGAACUGCAGGCUGGUCUCGUCAAAUGCACACUCCGCAACGCCCCAUGUCUGCCACACCACACACACAUGGCAUGCACAUGUGUCGCCCAGCCCCCAGCCUUGGGUUGGUCCGCGUACCUACCUCUUCCAAGUGCACCAGUGCAACUUGUAUAUUCUGGUUCUCGUCCAGCUGAGGCCGCAAGGACGCCUAAGAGGGAGGGACAGAUGGAGAGAGACACAUGUGGGGAUAUCCUUUGUUAAGCUCAGGUCACUCUCGGCCAAUCGAUGGCCGACUUACGGGGUUGUUGUGAUAGUCAAUGAGCACGUCGAUGAACGUGUGCAGGUCGGAAAGCAGGAUGAAAGACAGGGGCUUCAGAGCUGACAGCCAGCCGGGCAACCAACGCACGGGGGUCGGCAGGGGCAGAUGCGAGACAUCGUGUCCCACCUACCUGGGAAUGUCUCGAUUGUGUUGUCUUUGCCCUCGCCAUGAGGGUCCAAACGACGGGCUGUCGAAAGCUGCAGGCAGAAUCAAGAAGCAUAAGAAAACGAUGGAAGAGACGCCAUUCCAAUCUCUUCUAUGUCCCUGACAAGUCGCGGGUCGAAUUGCGGCUGGUGGCCGCUCCCGAACUUGCCGAUCCGACGCACUUGGGCCAGUCUAUGCAGGAAGGAUGCUUCCUGAAGAGGCCUGAAAAGGUCCACGUCGGCGACAGUGCUCUGCGCCUGAGCGGUCAUCUCCAGCGCAGAUGCUAUCAACAGCCUCACUGGCUCCAGCGCACAGUCGAGGAUCCGCCGCCUCUCCUCUGUUAAAUAUUUUUAGGAAAGGGUGUUUCUUAUAAUUUAGGAAUUGAUUGCAACGGUCUACCUGUGUAGACCUUGUCAAACCGUGAAUAGCUCCGCAUGAAGACACCUGUGUGGGAGACGAGUGUCUCCAGGAAGCGGCGCCAGACGGCCCGGGGCGGCGUGGUGGGAAUGCUGUACAUCUCUGCCAGCCACCUGCACACAGUGCCACGAAUGUGAGAAUGAGAAUACUAUGCUAUGCUAUGCUAUACUCAUGCCCACCCGGGGAUCUGCCGCAAAACUCUUCCGAAGUCAUGUCUCACGCGCUGAGCGGCGUGCAGCACCUCCUCGUCGACGUCAUAUCGCUGCCCGUUGUACUCAAAGUAGUGUUCGGGAUGAAGGCUUUUGCGCACCACCUCAGGCCGGAUGAGCGAGGUCAUUGUCGCCUCCUCUUGCUUCCUCCUCCCCGCCUGUGCUGCAGGCUCCAUAAGAGAACCGAAUAUCGUGUGUCGUGGCUCUGGGGGAGGGACGAGCUCAGGCUUGCGAUGUGUCCGUGGGCCCCCAUCUUUUGACGUGAGCAGCUGAACGAAACCGGAAAGCUGCCGCAGGAAAGCUUCCAGGAAUCUACAAGAACAAAAGUAAGUGAAGGCGUCCCUCCAACGGACAGCAGCACAUGCCUCCCUGCCUUCUGUUGCUCACUUGGGGUUGUGUGCGAAAGUGGCAACGGUCUGCCCCUGUACCAGAUCAUGCAGACUGGCAACGGCAUCCUUCACCGCAUGAUACAACGACGUAUCCAGCAGGGGCGUCUGCAGCGUGCGCCGCGCCGUCCUCAGCCUCUCCCUGCCUUCGUCCAUCUUCUCCUGCGCCGGCGAAGGCACCCUCGACCGCGCUUGCUUCGACUCACUGAUCGGCUUUGGCACAGCCGUUCGCUGCCGCCUCUCGGUCCUAAGCUGGACGAGACGCGUCUCUGUCAGCACUUGUGACCUGUCGUCCCGGUAUGCAGACCUGUCGGUGAGCACUCGUGGUGACGGCCGUAGGCGGGAUGGAGGGGGGGAUGGGAAUGGAGAGUGCGAGUCGACGGUCUGUGAGGGCACGUCUGUGGUCAGGCUGGUCAGGCCCCUUCCCUCAGCUGUUCCGAGCCUCGUGCCCUUGACAGGCAGAGGUGGCAGUGGGGGUACGGCGCGGGUGUGGCGGAGCCGGAGUGUCCUCUCCAGAGUCUCACGAAUGACCAGACGUCUCCUUGCGUGCUUGUUGCCUGCCAACGGAAAAGUGAUCGUUUCAUCAUGAAAUGGACUGUGUCAAUCGAUCAACUCUCAAUCACGCGACAAACAUCAUGAGAAGGCGUACCAAGUCGGUGGAGUGAUUCCGACGACGAGGGCCGAGAUGGCUGCUCGAUGGGCGGCAGAUGUGGUGGGGAGGGCAACGCAUGAGGGGCGAAUGGCUUGAAGUGAUACACUUCCCGUUCUGCCUCCUUCUGCCCGACCGUGACGCCCUGCAAUGCACGCGUUGCAUCUGAACGAAGGCUGAGGGGCGGGAAGGAGAGCUUCGCGGACGCCCGGAGCGCAUAACGACCUGAUUGCCAUCCAUCAUCAGGGCAAAAUAAGCAUGUGGACUGCUCGGCAGUUGCAUCACGUGCUGUUGCUGCUAACGCGGUGAGCUUGGGAGGGGAUUCGCUUCCGAAAUGACCGAUGGCGGCCGUGAAGAAGAGGCGUGGCUCCAGCUACUUGUAACCCGUUGCAU